AAGGGGACGGGCCCAGCGGGCCGCGGCUCGCGGCGUGACACAUCACACGUGGGCUCGUGCUUCGCUCGGCCAGGGCGCCACUCGCGGGGAGCAGGGAGACCCGGCGGGGGCGGAGAGGGGCCCUGGCCCCGCGCUGUGCCUGGGGGCUGGAGCCAUGGGCGGGAGGCAGGGCGCCCUGCGCACCGGGCUGGGCUGCGCCCUGCUGCUGGCCCUCUUCCUGCUGGGCUUCCUGGGAGGCUGGUUAAUGAAACCUACUAAAAAAACAACUAGCUCAGCAGAUGCCUAUCAAAAUGUGAGACAGAAACUUGUGGCUGAAAUGAAAGCAGAAAACAUCAAGCAGUUUCUUGGUUGGUUUACAAAGUUUCCUCACCUGGCAGGAACAGAACAGAACCUUCACCUUGCUAAACAAAUUCAAGCCCAGUGGAAGGAAUUUGGAUUGGAUUCAGCAGAGCUGGUUCAUUAUGAUGUCCUCCUUUCCUACCCGAAUGAAACUCAGCCCAACUAUGUCUCAAUUAUUGAUGAUCAAGGGAAUGAGAUUUUCAAUACAUCUUUCUUUGAGCUGCCCCCUCAGGGAUAUGAAAACAUUACUGGUGUGCUGCCACCAUAUAAUGCUUUUUCAGCACAAGGAGUGCCAGAGGCAGAUCUGGUGUAUGUGAACUACGGCCGCACAGAAGAUUUUUUCAAGCUAGAGCGAGAGAUGGGAAUUAAUUGUACUGGAAAGAUUGUCAUUGCCAGAUAUGGGAAAAUCUUCAGAGGAAACAAAGUUAAAAAUGCCAUAUUAGCUGGAGCCAAAGGGAUUAUACUGUAUUCAGACCCUGCUGACUACUGCGCCCCUGGAGUAGAUCCUUAUCCAAGUGGCUGGAACCUUCCUGGAGGGGGAGUCCAGCGUGGGAAUGUGUUAAAUCUGAAUGGAGCAGGGGAUCCUCUCACGCCAGGUUAUCCAGCAAAAGAAUACAUCUUCAGGUCUGAAGUUGAUGAGGGAGUGGGAAUUCCCAAAAUCCCAGUUCAUCCCAUUGGAUAUCAUGAUGCAGAAAUAUUAUUACGCAUCCUGGGAGGACCUGCAGCACCAGACAAUAGCUGGAGGGGAAACCUCAAUGUGUCUUACAACAUUGGGCCUGGAUUUGCAGGCAGCUAUUCUAUAAGAAAGGUCAGAAUGCAUGUCCACACUCACAACAAAAUAACACGAAUUUACAAUGUUAUCGGCACUAUCAGUGGAGCAGAGGAACCAGACAGAUAUAUUAUUCUGGGAGGACAUAGAGACUCCUGGGUAUUUGGUGGGAUUGAUCCAACCACUGGUACAGCUGUUCUUCAAGAAGUUGCUCGGAGUUUUGGCAAAAUGGCAAUGGAAGGUUGGAGACCUAAAAGAACUAUUAUUUUUGCUAGCUGGGAUGCAGAAGAAUUUGGACUAUUAGGUUCCACAGAGUGGGCUGAGGAGAAUGCUAAAGUUCUUCAGGAACGGGCCGUUGCUUACAUCAACACAGAUUCUUCUAUAGAAGGCAACUACACUUUAAGAGUUGACUGCAGCCCCCUUCUCUACAAAUUGGUGUAUAAUCUGACAGAAGAGAUUGCAAGCCCUGAUGAGGGUUACGAAGGCAAGUCUCUCUAUGAGAGUUGGCUUGAAAAGGACCCCUCAACAGAAAGUAAAAGUCAUCCCAGAAUAAACAAACUGGGAUCAGGCAGUGAUUUUGAAGCUUAUUUUCAGCGGCUGGGAAUCACAUCAGGCAGAGCCCGUUAUACAAAGAACAGGAGAGCAGACAAGUUCAGCAAUUACCCAGUUUACCACACCGUCUACGAGACCUUUGAGUUAGUAGAACAAUUUUAUGACCCCACAUUCACAAAACAGCUUGCCAUUGCCCAGUUACGAGGAGGACUGGUGUAUGAACUGGCAGACUCCCAGGUCAUUCCUUUCAACUGCCAAGAUUAUGGAGAAGACUUAAGAAAAUACACAAAUAGAAUCUAUAAUUUGGCCAAGAAACAUGAAGAACAGGUAGAGACUUAUGGAGUGUCAUUUGGUCCCCUUUUUUCUGCUGUGACGAAUUUCACAGAAGCUGCUGCCGAUUUUCACAGAAGACUUAAAGAGGUGGAUGUGAAUAAUCCAAUUGCUGUGCGAAUCAUGAAUGAUCAGCUGAUGUUUGUGGAAAGAGCUUUCAUCGAUCCUCUUGGUUUACCAGGCAGGAAAUUUUACAGACACAUUGUUUUUGCUCCGAGCAGCCACAACAAGUACGCUGGAGAGUCAUUCCCAGGGAUCUACGAUGCCAUGUUUGAUAUUGAAAACAAAGCAGAUCAGCGCAAAGCCUGGGAAGAAGUAAAGAGGCAGAUCUCCAUUGCAGCCUUCACUGUGCAGGCUGCAGCAGGGACGCUGAAGGAUGUAGCAUAGGAACAAGGCACCAGCAGGCUUGACCACAUGGCUAACUCUUAAAAACGGCAGUGAAUGCCAUUUCCACUUUGUGCAUAGUAUUUACUAGGGUUGCAAUAUAACCAGCCUUUUCCAUACAGAAGUGCCAUGGGAGUCAGUGAGAGCUGUUGGCAUUAUGGGACUGAUGGUUAAGGAACCAGUGUUAGUUCUCUGAGACUGGCAUAACUGCUGCGUUUAAAAAAAACAAAACAAAAUUCUAGUAAGAAAAAAAUUACUUGGCCUUUUUUUUUCAAAAAUGUCAGUUAGAACGCUUACCUUUUUCCAAAGGAUCCACUAAUUUUGGGGAUCUCAGUUUUUGGGUUCCUGGCACUUCUGAAAAUCAAUCUCCUAAGCUACAUCUGCACUAGAGAAACUAGAACCUGCUACGGGUGCAGCUUUGUUAGUGGUAACACGUGGAAGCCAUAACGCAGAUAGGACUCAGGGGUUUAACACCAUGUCUUAAUGGUGUUCUCAGCAGGAUUAAACAACAUGGUAAGAAUGCCUGAACUCUGUCCGCACGAGAGCUUCCAUCACUGAGGCAGCUUGUGCAUUGGGUCUGAUCCACUAUGGCCAUGCCUAUGACCUAAUUUUCCCCAGUGUGGACAAUGAUUUAGGGCAUAGGAAUUGCAGUACUGGAUCAGACCCAUGGUUCAUCUAGUCCAGUAUCAUGUCUCUGACAGUGGUCAGCACCACAUGCUUCAGAGAAAGGUACAAGAAACUCACAAUCAUCCCCUCAUAGAGAUUGAUUUAUACCCUGAAUUAUCAGGCUUUAUCUCCCUACCCAUAGUCUUUGAUUGUGGGUGUGAUUAUAAAAGAUGGUGAGCACCCACAAUCCCAACUUACUUCAAUGUUAUUAGGUGUUCUCCUCCUCUGAAAACUCCAGCUCUAGGUGUCCCAUGCUGCACACCCAUAAUCAGUGAACAGUUGACAAUGUAGGUCCAGAUGCUUUUUAUGCCAUUUUUAUUAAUCAGAUGAAGUACUAAAAAAAAUCUAUUUCUAUGCAGAAGUUUUGAAAACCCUCAGGCUGAGAUUUACAAAGGGGAUGGGGGGAGUUAGGCAUCAAAAUCCCAAACUUACGCAAUAUCACUACCCAGGUGUUUUUAAGAGGAAAAAGAGCCAGCAGAGAAUCACCAUCCCUCCUGUGAUGAGCUAUCUGUUCCCUGUGUAACAUGCUAUCACUUUCCUCUCAUCAGCUGUUAUUCUUCAUGCCCUCUUUAAUUGGGAAAGCUAUUUUAUACCAUGCUCUCACCCACUAGCUGAUGUCUGAUGACAGAGAUGGAAAAUGUUUUCCCAGAA